UUUUCACCUUGUCUAGUAUCGUGAAGGUCACGAUAGCGAGUACUUGUUGUAACAGAGUGUCGGCAGAUAAUAUAUUGUUCGCAAGAUAAUCGGCGAUUAAGUAACCUCAGAACCAUGGGUCGCAAAUUUUUCGUUGGAGGUAACUGGAAGAUGAAUGGAGUCAAAAAGGAGAUUGAUGAAAUCGUCGCCUUCCUAAAGGCCGGUCCACUCGAUCCAAAUGUUGAGGUGGUCGUUGGAGUGCCUGCUCUUUACCUAACUUAUGCUAAAAGCAUAUUGCCAUCCAACGUACAAGUUAGUGCACAGAACAGCUACAAGGUAGCUAAAGGUGCUUUCACCGGAGAAAUCAGCCCUGCUAUGCUUGUUGAUAGUGGAAUUCCAUGGGUCAUUUUGGGGCAUUCGGAACGUCGUAAUGUGUUUGGCGAAUCUGAUGAAUUAAUUUCUGAUAAAAUUGCCCAUGCACUUGAAGCUGGUGUGAAGGUCAUUGCUUGUAUCGGUGAAAAACUAGACGAGCGUGAAGCUGGUAAAACUGAAGAAGUAGUUUUCAAGCAGACUAAAGCUAUUGCUGACAAAAUCAAGUCUUGGGAUAAUGUUGUGUUGGCUUACGAGCCAGUCUGGGCAAUUGGAACUGGAAAAACAGCAACUCCGCAACAAGCUCAGGAAGUUCACGAUAAACUAAGGGAAUGGCUUUCGAAGAAUGUCAAUCCUGCAGUAUCUGAGUCUUUGAGAAUUAUUUAUGGUGGAUCAGUCACGGCAGGAAAUGCUAAAGAACUGGCAAAAGAAAAAGACAUCGAUGGCUUUUUAGUUGGUGGUGCUUCCCUUAAGCCAGAUUUCGUACAAAUAGUUAAUGCUAAGCAAUAGAUGUAAUUCGGUUCAUCGGCAGCAUUGAUCAUUGUUAACAACUGUUAUCAUUGUUAUUAUGAAUGUAUAGAUAUAUAUAUGUAUACGUACACAAAGCUAUAUAUCUUUUUUAGCAUAAUUCGAAGAGUAUGUUCAGCAAAAUCAUUAGGUUUAUUUAUCAUUUUUAUUGUAUCUUGAAAUUUACAAAUUACAUUAAUGCCACAUCA